AUGGACGUUUCCACUUGGUAUGCGAUAGGAGUUUUUGGUGUCAUAACUCUUUGCAUUGUUGUAUGCAUGUUUUUCCGCUUAUCCCGUGCUGUCUGUCGGCUUGGGAAACGCGUAUUUUUUAGAUAUCUGAUAUAUUCCGAUAUACCCAAAUCUUCUGGGCAUUCGUACUACAUCACCAGAUAUGAAUGCCUUCUUUUCCUCUCCGUUCUAACGAAGCCUGAACCUAGCAAGCGGGAAGAGGUCGCUGGUUUCCUGCGCAAACGACCUUUGAGUUGCACAACCAUUCAACCUAUCAACUACACGACACCGUCGGGCGAAAGAAUUCCAGUCUUCGAUGCUGUUCAUUUGCAC